GCUUUGGGAUUAUCAAUGAGCAAAUUACCUCUGAUCCAGUGGAGGGUCUCAGGCAGACUGUGCGCGUCUGCCAGGGACUGAAGACUCCCUCUCUAGGGCUUAGGAAGGAUGGGAGAAACCAGGGACAAAUAACUGCUCUUUAUUUGGAUGUAACGCAUGUAGUCUGUUCUUAACGGCUCAUUAUUGAUAUUUCUUUUUGAUAUGAAGCCCCUCCCCUUUUCCUCUGGAGUAUCAGUGUCAGUGUGUUUUGUUUGAGAGUGGUGGCUCAUGCUGAAAGAGGCAGAGAGCUCUUCUCCCAGGAGGAUUCAUCUCACUACCAGCCCUUCAUUGCUCUGCUUGGGUGACUUUUCCUCCAGCUGUACCCAUGACUCUCCAGAAAUGCCUGCUGCAUGGAUUUGGACUUUAUUAUUUCUUGACAUUGCUGACACUUCUCAUGUCACAAGCUGACGGGCUGCAAUGUUAUGCUUGUAACAUUGUGCAUAACCAGAGGUAUGUGGAUGUAGGCUGUUCCAGCCCCGAAGUCAUCACCUGCUCCCACUCCCACAAGGGCUUCAAGCAUCGCUUCUGCAUCAGAACCGAAAGUGUUGCACUGGGAGUCAUGCUGACUAGUGGCUGCGCAACAGCCCGACACUGCCACACGGAGGAGCUGCCGGGAGUCAACAUCCACUGCUGCGACUCUGAUCUGUGCAACAGCGCCACCCGUUGGCGGACAAGCACACUGCUGCCUAUUUGCUCAUUGACGUUUUCUCUGUUGUUUCAGAAGAUGAUACUGUGGACGAAAUAACUUUGAACUUCGAACUUCAGGACAAAAUCACGGCAGCUACACUUCCGAUGUAUGACACACAGAAGGGAAUUUAAAAAUAUAACUAUAAAAGAUGUGAACACACACCAUGGAGUGUUAUGUGGAUAAACCAAACCUUCACGUAUGACGUCAGAUCUUCAGUUUUCUUUGGGUCAUUAAAUCAUCAUCAUCAUCAAAAAAAAAAAAAAAAAAAAAAAAUCACUGUAAGCCUCAGAUGGACGUUUUAUAUAGCAUAGAAGUGAAAAUUAUUUUUAACCAUUUGUUUCAUUUUAAAAUAUUUUGCUCAGCCAAAAAUGACAUAAGAAUUGAUGCCCUUUACAUAUGUGUGAAGAUGUGUUCAGGAAUUGCAUAUAUUUUAAAAACAAUAUGGUAUCUGAAAUUAUACUGCUUUUAGACUUUUUCUUAGAUAUUUUUGCAACCAACUCAAGUUGAUUUUUAGUGGAUGUACUUACCGUAUGAAGUCAGUUCCCCUCAAGUUCACACAGGUGUCCUAGCAGAUUAAUCACAGGUGUAGUUUAGCACAUUAACUUUGAACAUGAUGCAUGUUUGACAACCAAGAAAGUGCUGAAAUACUUGUUAUUUUAAAUACUCAUAUAAGACAUCUAUUGCACUGCAAAACGUUUUUUGUUUAAAGCAAAACAAUCAAAUAUAUGUAAACAAUAUUCAGUUAUUGAAUGAUACAUUAGGCUAUUAAACUGUUGUUGUCUU